AUGCUGUUCACCAAGGUUGCUGCUAUUGUUCAGAACGCAGCUUACCAGGACAUGAGGACCUGGAUGCUAUCCACCAGAAUCCUAUUCAAGGUUACUGUUCAGCAGAAUACAAGAAGCAGAUGGCAGUUCGCCCAGAUUGCUCUCCACCAUAAUUCUAUUCACAAGUGUGCUGUUCAGCGCCGAACAUCUGCGACUCAUAUCAUCCCAACAAGGCCUUCAUCCAGGAUCAAAGCUGCGACAUCGACAGUCGACAUCAAUUUCUCCUCGAGCUUCCUCGCAAAGCAUACUUCAUCAGCAUCUAGGGCUUCAAGCUAUGCUCCUGCUGAAAUCGCCCCCAUGGCUUCAGACAACCAACAAGCUCCGGCUCCUCGUAAAGCACCCCUCGCCGAAAUGAGCAUCCGUACUCUUGCGCAAUCUUCCGCACGCUCGCCUACCAUUGCCUCACUAGCCAAGAAGCCCAAGAAGGCCCUCACCCUGAAGGAGCAGCGCGCACUUUAUACCGCCAAAGCGAAGGCAGCUGGCAACAACACCGAGCCUUCCAUCAGAACAGUGAAGGUGCCUGUCCCCAAGACCUCGAAACCCGCCCUCAACCGUUCAACUAUCUCUACAUCGACAGCACCCAAGUCCAACACUCGCAACCCUUCCUCCAACAAAGUGGCCACAAAGCCCACUACCAACCGCUUGAAGUCAACAACCAAGAGCAACUCUACCAUCUUCCGUCCAGCUUCCAACAAGAAGCCUACUAUCAAGGAGAAGCGUGAAACCUACGAGAUGACAGAAAAGGCGUCCCACUUGAAGGCGGCCGUCAUUGUCGGGAAGCCCGGUGAAUGGGCGAGGACUUGGCAAAAGCAUACUUCAUUUCUCAAUGGCUAUGUCAAAGCCAAACUCGAGUCCAAAUCCACUACUUCGCCGCCGGCCGACGUCAAGAAGAAGCCGCUUACAUUGAAGGAGCAACGGACUGCUUAUGCCGCGAAAGGGAAGGUCAUUGCCGAUGUUAUUCUCGAGGUUGCUGCUCCCAAGACCACCACUACCUUUACUGCCAUGAAGGAGAAUGUUCGGCCCUCCUCUUCCAUGUCCUCCAGAUCUUCCAAAAACCACUCUAGUGCCGACAAGUCUUCUGUGCCCAAGAGCGACUCGGGCAUUGCGCAGAAGGAGAAUAUCCGCCGCGUUUCCUCCAACAAGUCUCCUUCCAAAAACCGCCCUACUGCCAAGCAAUCUUCCGACCACCACUCUACCACUGCGGCGCCAGUCGUCAAGAACAAAGCGCCCACUCUCAAGACCCAGCUCAAAAUCCACGAGGCAACAGAAAAGGCAUCCCACCUGAAAGCGGCUGUCAUUGUCGGAGAGCCCGGUCAGCAUGCGCAAAUCUGGGGCCCAAGGUCUUCCACUUCUCCCGAGUCAUCUUCCAAGAUUGACGACUCGGACAUUGCUUCGCUAGCUCCCAAAAAGAAAGCCCUUACUCUCAAGGAGCAAAUGGCGCACUACGCUGCCAGGAGGGCCUCCGAUUCUGGUUCUGCCUCUCCCAAUACCGACGACACAGAGGAGGCCCCUGCCGGUUCACGUCGCACAAGUGCAAGCUCUUCUUCUUCCAGAGACCGCGCAAAAUCACCAACCCGUGAGCCAUCAUCAUCUCCUAGAUCCAGGAGCCGCUCUCCAACCCUGCCACCACUUGUUAGGAAGCCCCUGACGGCGAAGGAGAAACUGGCGCUUCAUGCAGCGAGGAGGGAGGCCGCCAUUGCUGCCAAGGAGAAGGCCGCUGCCAUGUCUGGUUCUUCUAGGAGGGCGAGCGCGGAUUCUGCUGUUAGCUCUGCCUCCAACAACAACAUUCCUGGACCCGCCCCGAUGACCAAUAUGAUUGCCCAGAUUGCCCCGGUCGCCGACAUGGACAUCACUCCGGCUGCUGGAUCUUCGACGACGACCAAGACCGUAACAAGCCCCACAACAAGCACAACAAGCACAAGCAAAGAGAAUGUUCCGUUUAACAACAACACCAACUCUUCUUAUGAAGACAACUUCCACAAGACCCAGGCCCAGGGCCCUUUGAGGAAGAAGAGAUCACACGAGGAGUUUUCUGAGGAUAACGAAAACGAGAACAAAAACGUGCUUCAGGACCGCGACACAGACUACUCCAACAACCGUACCACCAAGCGCGCGAAGAGGAACUAG